GGUACACACAUUCCGCUUACACAGCGCACUAUCGCUCUAUCCGGUGCUCGUCAUUCAUGCUGUGUUGUCUCUGAAAUUGGUAACGCAGCUCGUGUUGUAUUUAACGCCAGCCGGUCGCUUUCGUCCGCCACAGUACCAUUUCAACCUGCGCCGGAGCCAUCCGCGAUAAUAAGUGCGCGUACUUGAGCGCGUACCACCGAACAGUUGUGCGCCAUCCCGUGCCGAACAAAAACAAUACGUUUCGUGUUUCCGCGCUAUCAACAAUCGCACCGCCGACCACACGCGACACUGCUCUCUGUACGCAAAUAAUUCGAUCGAGUGUGGCUGCUCUUUGGGUUGCGUUGUACUGCUUUGGGGUAAAAAAAAAUACUGCUUUUCCAGUCAAAACUGCACCUCCAGUGUGUGUGUGUGUGUCUGUGUGGAGGAAGAUUGGCCAAGAAGCGAUUUAAGAACGGGUUAACGCAGAAGUUAGUGCACUAAAUUGUUGCAACAAAAUGGACUUUGUGAAAGACUUUUGUUACUACUUCGGCGUCAUAGCUUUUACCCUAUUUUACGUUGCGGUUGAUAGUAAAGCAUGUGACCCGGUGCCCUACGUGACGCGAGACUUUUGGAGUGCUCUGCCACCGAAGCGGAUCGAACACUUCGCCGGUCCCAUCCCGUACGUCAUCAUACAUCAUUCGUACCGGCCGGCGGCAUGCUACAACGGGCUGCAGUGCAUCGCGGCAAUGCAAACGAUGCAGAAGAUGCACCAGAACGAGCGUCAGUGGAACGACAUCGGGUACAGCUUUGCGGUCGGUGGCGACGGACGCGUGUACCAGGGCCGGGGAUUCAAUGUGAUUGGCGCUCAUGCGCCCCGAUACAACAACCGCAGCGUUGGGAUCUGUCUGAUCGGUGAUUGGGUUGCGGAUUUGCCACCCAAGAACAUGCUCACGGCCGCCCAAAACCUCAUCGAGUACGGUGUCCGGAAUGGGCUGAUUGCACAGAACUACACCUUGCUGGGGCAUCGGCAGGUACGCACGACCGAAUGUCCGGGCGAUCGGCUGUUCGAGGAGAUCAAAACCUGGCCCCAUUUCGAUCCGAUGACGGACAUUGUCGAUCAGAACAGUGUUUGACAUGGCGAACGGAACCGGCCCUACAUGCUACAAGUAUUGAAGAAACUCUUAAAUAGCUUAUUAACGUGCGCUACCUCUCCUUCGCAUACGGUAACCAUCAUGUUCCUAAAGUGUGUUUUUUUGUAAUAAAAUAAUUCAAAACAUAUCCAACGAUUAGUGACAAAACAGGAUCACUUUUACCAUCUGUUCCCGCUGGCAUGCCCUUGCACGAAUCAGAGACCCUAAUAACAACAACCACAAGGUCUUACACACAUCGUAAGUAAG